ACCCAGGUGGACGGGACUAAAGCUUUCAGCAUGAGGAAAUAGAUGCAGAGGGGAAGCAGUCGCGUUGUUUAUCAUCUCUCUCUGAGAUUAGAAGUGAAUUAAAAUGCUCGGAGGUGUGUUUCUCCUCUCGCUCCUCGGCUUCGUGCCUCCUCCUGCUGCCGACGCGCUGGACAACGGUCUGGCUCUGCAGCCCACGAUGGGCUGGCUGCACUGGGAGAGGUUCAUGUGCAACACCGACUGCGACCGGGAGCCCGACAACUGCAUCAGCGAGCGCCUGUUCAUGCAGAUGGCAGAUGUGAUGGUGAAGGAGGGCUGGAAAGAGGCCGGUUACGAGUACGUCUGCAUCGAUGACUGCUGGCCCUCCCACCAGCGCGACGCCCAGGGCCGCCUGCAGGCAGACCCCAAAAGAUUCCCAGGGGGCAUCAAGAAACUGGCCGACUAUGUCCAUUCUCUGGGGCUGAAGCUGGGCAUCUACGCGGACGUGGGGACAAAAACCUGCGGCGGAUACCCCGGCAGCCUGGGCUACUAUGAGACAGACGCUCAGACUUUUGCCGACUGGGAUGUGGAUCUGCUCAAGUUCGAUGGCUGCUACAUGGACUGGACCUUGCUGGGAGAGGGCUACAGCAACAUGUCCAAAGCUCUGAACAAAACCGGGAGAAGCAUCCUGUACUCCUGUGAGUGGCCUCUGUAUGAGUGGCCUCACCAGAAGCCCAACUACAAAGCCAUUCGUGAGACGUGUAACCACUGGCGCAACUUCGAUGACGUGUACGACUCGUGGAGCUCUGUCAAGUCCAUCUUGGCCUGGACCGCUUCUCAUCAAGACAUCAUCGUCCCCGCGGCCGGACCCGGGGGCUGGAACGACCCCGAUAUGCUCGUCAUUGGGAACUUUGGCCUGAGUCACGACCAGCAGGAGUCUCAGAUGGCGUUAUGGGCCAUCAUGGCAGCCCCUCUGCUCAUGUCUAAUGAUCUGAGGGACAUUUGUCCUCGCUCCAAGGGGCUGCUGCAGAACAGACACAUCAUUGCCAUCAAUCAGGACCCGCUGGGCAAUCAAGGAUACCUCACUGCCAAGAUGGACAGUUUUCAAGUGUGGGAGAAGCGGCUGUUGGCGAACCGACAGGCUGUCGCCGUGCUGAACACGCAGGAGAUCGGUGGUGCCAGAGGGUUUUUGCUCCGAGCUGCUCCUGGCUUUAAACUCUGUGACCCCCAGUGUAACGUCACACAGAUCCUGCCUCAGUAUAAGGAACUCGGGGUGCAGGACCCACACACUAAAAUAGUGGUGUCAGUCAACCCUUCAGGCACGGCUCUACUAACCAUCACUCCCAUCAGCAGCGACUCCAGCGCGCCUUACAAACUGCACUGGCAGGACACGUCUGUCCAACGCAAGCACACCAUCACUUUGUAAUCCUCAGGUCACCUUCAGCUGCUUAAACAAAAUGUCCAUGUUUUAAAAUGUGUGCAGGUUUUGCUUUUUAUAAAAUGAGUUAA